AUGUCUACGUCCAUCUCAAACGAGCAACAAGUCCUUCAAACUAUCUCCUUCACUAUACUCAAUGACAGCACCAUUGAACACAGGUUCUCGCACGAAGGCAGAAGAUGGAGGAAAGCUAUGCGGACGAUCAGGAAGCAGACAGGAUGGCUACGGACGCUUUGGGGUCGGGACAUGAAUACCUCCCAUAAGGUUGAUAUAUUCAUUGUCUGGACCGACAUCCAAGCAGCAGAAUCAUUCGAAACAAGCCCUACUUUUGACGUUGUCCUCGAAGGCAUCAAUAUCUCUCCACUCAAAGUCCACUGCAUUACCACCCACAGCAAUCUAUCUCCACACGGCCUUACAGAAUUGGUCACUCUCUUCUUCCCCCCAGCCCUUACGCACGAGGACCAAGAGUUCUUCGAAGAACAAUUACAACAUUAUACCGCAAGACUUCCGCACGAUGAAAUCCGAUCAAUGGUCCACGGUUGGACUCUAGGACCGGUGAAGCGCGGUGCAGAUACUGCGAGAGUUUGUCUGGUUUUCUUGGAGUGGGGAAGCUUGGAUCAGAUGUUCACGGUUAAAAGGAAUGAAGAUUCGCUAUUCAAUAACUGUUUUGUGCCAUUGAGGGAUGAGGCCGAGAGGGGAGCGAGGACAGCGCUCUAUACUAAGUUGAGGGAUGCCGGGAAGGAGAGGUCGGCUUCAGAUGCAGAAACUCGGUAUAGAGCGAAGAUUUCUAAAUCAGAUAGCCUGACUGUGUUCGAAGAAGAUAUACCAUCUCCGACAGACUGCAAGCAGCAGGUUCUAGUAUACCUGAUUGUUCUCUUCUGCUUCGAUAGCUCCGGAACGUCGAAGGGUGAGAUGAUCCAGGCAGAAUAUCAAACAUACCUUGACGAACGCCUUGGCAAUCACACGACAGGCCGAGUUGAAUUUGUGACUGCAACACCGCACAAAACAUUGACUCAUUCGCCACAAACCACAGUCUCUUCCAGCUACACAGAACCCUCGACCUCAAACACUCAGUCAGACAAAGAAGCUGCACACAAAUCUCAAAGAGCACAAUACACGACCGCCAAGAUGGUUCUCGCAAUCGAUCUCCUCAACCCCACGCCUGCUGCUGAGUCGAGGAAGCACAAGCUCAAGACCCUCGUACCGGCCCCCCGCUCCUUCUUCAUGGACGUCAAGUGCCCCGGCUGCUUCACCAUCACAACCGUCUUCUCGCACGCCCAAACCGUCGUCAUCUGCGGCGGCUGCUCGACCGUGCUGUGCCAGCCGACCGGUGGGAAGGCGAGACUGACGGAGGGCUGCUCCUUUAGGCGGAAGUAG